AAUGUUUACCUCUCGCUACAUGCACAUCUGUUCGAUCACAACGUGAGACCGGUAUUUACUUGCAUAUAAUAUUCAUUAAACUAAUCGUAAUCCAGUGAUAAUGAUAGUUCUUCCUCUGUUCAUCAGGCACAUCAAAUCUCUCUCUCGACGUGUGCACAUUCGGUGUCUCAGCGAAAAUACAUCAUCCCUGAAGUGGAAGAGAGUAAGAAAUUUCAUGGAGAAGAUGCCGCCGUCCAGAAGUGACCCAAUAAUCAAGAAACUAGAAACUCCAGAGUUCAAAUCUAUCUUUACCCCAGAGCUGGAGGUCCUCACGUCAUUAUUCAAGAAGUACAAUUAUGAAAUAAGAAUUGCCGGAGGUGCAGUCCGGGAUUUGCUCACUGGUAAGGUGCCCAAGGACAUUGACUUUGCAACUACAGCAACUCCCGAGGAGAUGAAGGCGAUGUUCACGAAGGAAGAAAUUAGAAUGUUGAAUUUGAAGGGAGAGAAACAUGGAACUGUCACAGUGAGAAUCAAUGACAGUGAAAAUUUUGAGGUAACAACACUGAGAAUUGAUGUUGCUACUGAUGGUAGACAUGCGGACAUUGAAUUCACUACAGACUGGAGGUUGGACGCCAAUAGAAGGGAUCUGACGAUUAACUCCAUGUUCAUGGAUUUUGAGGGAAGGGUGUAUGACUAUUUCUUUGGGUACGAUGACUUGCAGAAGAGGAGGAUAGCAUUCGUUGGGGACGCAGUGACGAGGAUUCGCGAGGACUUCUUGAGGAUCUUCAGAUACUUCAGAUUCUAUGGUAGAAUAUCAGAGCAUCCUGACGCCCACGAAGACUCAGUAAUCACCGCAAUAAAGGAGAACGUCGAGGGUUUGGAAAGAAUAUCAGGCGAGAGAAUUUGGUCGGAGUGGCAUAAAAUUUUGGAAGGUAACUACGGAGUAGAGCUCACUAAAAAGAUGAUUGAGUGUGGUGUGACCAAGUACAUUGGUCUACCCGAGAGCCCUGAUGUAGAGAAUUUCGAGAGAAUUUGUUUGAGGGCAAGAUCCCAGGGAGUGAUAUUACACCCAGUUACGAUGAUCACAUCGAUGCUGAGAAAUGAACAAGAAGCCAUGAACCUUCACAUGAGGCUUCAUUGGUCCGCUUACAACCGCGAUCUAGCCCUAUUCCUCAUCGUUCACAGGGAGGAUAAAAUCUCGGUCGAUCCUCUACAUCCUUAUCAGUACAUUGUCCUCAAUUCUAGUGGCAAGAUCAAAGACAUUCGUGAGUACAUUGCCGAGGUACUCAAGUACAAAGGUACCCCAGAACUUGCUGAACAAUUUGAGAAGUGGAUUCCACCAAAGUUUCCACUCAACGGUAAUGAUCUGCGGGAUUUACUGCCUCACCCAAAAUUGAUUGGACAAACGAUGCUGAGACUUAAGAAAAUUUGGCUGGAGGAUGACUUUAAGACAUCUAAGGAAGAACUUUUGAAACAUUUACCGGAUAUUACGGAAGAGGUAAAUGAAUUUUGGAUGAAACGAAGGAGCAACAAAUGAGAUUUGAAAUUUAGAUCAAUAAAUUGUUAAUAUAAAAAGAAUCUUGAGUUGAAGUGGUAAAAUUCCAUACUUCCUGGGACUUUUUUGUUCGAAAAAAUAAUUAUUCUACUGAAAUAAAUAAUUUUUUUUUAA